AUGCUGUCUACGGCUCUGGUUUCCUUAAUCCCCUUGCUUGUGGCGUCUAGCGUCCAAGCUAAGAACGACUGGUCGGUCCCUUGUAUCUCUGGGACUUGCUCUUAUGAUCUUCCCGGCCAGGCAUCCGGUACCUUGAAAGUUUGGGGAGGCAUCGAUGCUCUCACGGAUAUCACUCAGGCGGCUGACUGGGAGAUCCUCGACUGCGACCCCAAAGCCGGUGCCCAGAACAUCCGUCUCGUUUGCAAGAAUGACCCAGAAGAGACAACAUCCAAGUGUGGUCAUUUGUACCAGAAUAUUGGUGCCGUCAACAAGCUUGUGCGACUUCCCGAAAGCUGUGGUCCUAUGGCUUUUGCUCGUAUCGCCAAGGCAUGGGUUCCUGAGGAUCAGUCGAUUCCCGAGUCCAUCCAGAAACGACUUGUCCGUCGCAGCGGCAACCCACCAAUUGUCAAGGCCCUUCGCAUCGACACCAACUUCGAAGAAGUACAAUGGAGCAAAACUGGCAUGGUCAACUUCGCUAUUCAGGGUGCUAACGUUCCCGGUAUCGACAUGUCUUCGUUCAAGACUGGCUCGCAAGCGCGCAGGUCCACCGAACGCGCCUUCAAGCCUACACACGCUCCCUUCGCCCGUGGCCACCAUCACCGUGAGAUUGCACGAGGAUUCUUCGACAACCCAAUUGGCGCUAUCAAGGAUGCAGCUGGAGCCAUCGGAGACGCUGCUAAGAAUGCUGCUGAGGAGGCUAAGAAGACCGCGGAAAGAAUUGCUGACGAGACCAAGAAGGCUGCUGAAAAAGCUGCCGAGGAGACAAAGAAAGCUGCCGAAAAAGCUGCUGAGGAGGCCAAGAAGGUUGCGGAAGAUGCUAAGAGGGUUGCGGAAGAGCAGGCCAAGAAGGUUGCCGAAGAGGCUAAGAAGGCUGCCGAAGACGCAAAGAAAGCUGCCGAGGCCGUGAAAGACGGAGCCACGAAGGCUGGUGAUGCCGCUAAAACCGUCGCCACUCAGGUCGUCGGAGAGAUCAAAGACGCGGCCGGUGUUGUGAUCGACGCUGCCAAAGCUGUCGCGAACCAGACCAUCACUCUCGACAAAGGCUUCGAUCUCCCCGCGCUCACAUUCAGCAAGCAAGUCAACCUGCUCAACUCCAACCUCCAAUGCUUCGGCCAGUCGCUUGCGAUCAACGUCAACUUGGACGCCAACGCAAACAUGCAAGCCAAGCUCUCCGUUGUCGCAGAAGGAACCGUUAUCCCUCCUGGCAUCAAGCAAUUCAGCGUUAUCGCAGUCAUGAAGGGUGGCCUUGGCGCAACUGUCGAUAUGACUGCGGAUAUUUCGGGUACCUUGGCCAGCCCUCUCAUCUCCCUCUUCACCGUCGGUGUCCCUGGACUCGUUUUCCCCGGUUUCUUGGAAAUCGGUCCCACCUUCACCGUUGAUGCCCAACUCAGCGGUGUCGUUGACCUCACCAUGGACAUGCAAGUUGGUAUGGCUGUCGACUUGAACGAUGUCGUCAUUGCUUUCCCUCCCGACGCAAAGAGGGCUCCCCAGGAAAACCAGCUCUCUCUUGGUGAUGCUCCUUUGAGCCUGAGCGCCACUCCCAACAUUCAAGCGACGGGAACUAUCACCGCCCUUGUCAGACCCGCUCUUAACCUCGGUAUCUCCGCUCUCGGUGGUAAAGGCCAGGCAGAAGUCUUCUUGGCGCUCGAUGCCACUGCCGACCUGACUCUCGACCUUGCCGCUUCUGCCGCCAUCCAGAAAGACAAGAACGGCGGUGCUGCUCCUCCUUCCAUUGACGGUACUGGUAUCAACAAUGCCGCCGCCCCUGCUGGCGAUGCUGCCGUAGAGGGAGAGGUCACCGAAGGGGAGACCGUCGAGGGAGAAGCGACUGAGGAGGAGGUCACUGAAGGCGAGACUGUCGCUGGGGAGGAAGAAGUUACUGAAGAAGGCACUGCCGAGGAGACCGUUGACGAAACUGGUGCCGAGGGUGUCGAGGGUGAGGCAACUGAAGCCGAAGUUCCCGACCCCGCUGCUAUCAACAAUGCGGCCGCUCCUAAAGCUGCUGAUGCCCCCAAAGCGGAUGCCCCCAAAGCGGACGCCCCCAAGGCUGAUGCUGCGAAGGCCGCUGCCCCGGCACCAUCUGCUGCCGCUCCGGCUGCCGGUAAUUCAAUUGCCGAGCUGAUCGCCGCCCAAGAGAAGAAGAAGACCGUCACAGCCGACUGUGCCUCUGACGCCGACUGCCAACAAGGGUGCUGUGGCUUCACCACCGGCAAAUGUGCUGGCCCAGCUGUUGCCCAAAGUAACGGCGCGGGAGGAUGUGGUCGGGGAACUGCUGCGCCCAAUUGCAACGUCGCGACUCUUCUUGGGUUCGGUGGAGGAUGCAUUGCCGGCUUCAAGAACACUGAUACCAACGACCGCACUGUCCAGGCUGCUACCGCCUUCUCUGCCAAGAUCAACAACAUUCCUUUCACUCCCACUCUGGCUGCUGCACCCGCUCCGCCAGCUCCUGCGGCCCCGGCCCCUGCUGAUGCUGCCGCGGCUGAAGGAACUGAGGAGGAGGAAGUCACUGAGGAGGAAGUUACCGAGGAGGAAGUUGCCGAGGGAGAAGUUACUGAGGAAGAAGUCACCGAGGACCAGGCUGCUCUUGAAGCCCGACAAGACCCAGCACCUCCCGCUGACAAUGCUGCUGCCCCUGCUGGCGACGCUCCGGCCGCCACCUUCGGCGGUUGUGUGAACAUCGCGGCCAACCUCGACGUCAAUGUUGGUGCUGACGGCUCCUUCUUCGGCCUCUUCAACAAGGUCAUCAGCAAGUCGCUGUUCACCAAGAACUUCCAGCUCUUCCGCAAAUGUUUCGGUGACCAAGCCGGCCAGGAGAAUGCCGCACCACCGCCAGCCCGCCGCUCAAUCAACAUGUCGACGCUUGAGCGCCGCAUCGACUUUGCCUGCCCCAUCGGUGGCCUCCCCACCGGCAUCCGCUCCAAGUCCGGCGUCACCAAGGGCACAGUCAAGGGCAAAGAGGUCAAGUCAACGUCCAAGACAAACAUCUAA